AGUUCAGAUACUAUUUUGUAAUUAAUUAAAGAAGUAAAUUUUAAUUUCUUAUCAUACCUGACGUUAUUUUUCAAUCGAAUGUUGUCCAUAAUAUCCAAUCUAAAAACGUUCGUCAAUCGUGGAAUACUAAGCAAUCAAAUCGUUAAUCGGCAAACGUUUGACAAUUGUAUAACGUUUCAUUCCACGAUUUGUAUCUUACUAAUGAAGAGAAUACGAUCAACAUCAAAGAUAUAUUCUGCCGAAAAAAGAAAUAAUGAAUUCAAUAAAGAUGAAUUGGAAAAUAACUUAAAGGAUACUGAACAUCAUUCUUUGGUCAAAAAUAAAAAUUUACAAAAUCAGAAAAUAACUAAUGUAGCAGAAAUAUUAAAUUCUUCAUCAAAAGAUGUUCAAAAUCAUGAGCAGAAUGAAAAAAAUAAACUUAAUUUAAAAAGUUUAAGAGAUAGAAAAAAGAAAGUUAAUGAAGAAUAUGAAUUAAAUAUGCCUCCUCCAAAAAAUAAAGCAAGAGCAGUAGUGGAUCUUAAAAUGAUGAAAGAAGAAUUAAAACAAUUAGAAGAUCCUCCAUUGACUGUAUGGGAAAAAGAAAUAUGUUCAAAUAGACUACCAUAUUCAUUUUUUGAUUGUCCCUGUGAAGAAUUAGCUCAAAGUUUAUUAGGAAAAAUAUUAGUUCGUUGUUUAGAAAAUGGAACUAUUUUAAAAGGUAGAAUUGUUGAAACAGAAGGAUAUUUAGGAGUAAUUGAUAAAGCAUCUCAUACAUAUCAAAAUAAAGUUACUCCUCGCAAUAUACCAAUGUAUAUGCCACCAGGUACCAUAUAUGUAUAUAUGACAUAUGGAAUGUAUCAUUGUUUCAACAUAUCUAGCCAAGAGUCAGGAGCACAUGUAUUAAUUAAAGCAGUUGAACCUAUGCUUGGCCUUGAUUAUAUGGAAUUACUAAGAAAUAUGCAAUCAGAAAAAAAUAAAAAAGAAAAGAAAAUUGUAAAAAAUGUCAGAAGCUUUAAAAGAUAUGAACUUUGUAACAGUCCAACUAAAAUUUGUACAGCUUUUGUUAUUGAUGAAGAUAGCUUCAAUCAAAAAAAGAUUUAUGAAUGUAGUGAUUUAUGGAUAGAAUGUGAUCCUCAUAUAAAGUCAACUACUAUUGUAGCAGCAAAUUCUGAUGAUUCAAAUAAUGAACAAAAAAUGUGGAGAUAUUAUGUAUUAGGAAGUGAAGGGUGUGCUGUUUUAAUAAGAGCUGUUGAACCCUUAGAAGGUAUUGAAUACAUGACUAAUCAACGAACUUCAAAGGGAUUAUCAAAUACAUCUAAAAAACUUUCAAAAGUUUUAAAAACAUAUGAGUUAUGUAAUGGCCCAUCAAAGUUAUGUAUAGCCUUCCAGCUUCAUAAAAAUCAUAGUAAAUAUUCCUUAUGCUCUUGGAAAAGUUUGUGGAUUGAAAGUGAUACAAUAGAAGAAAUCAACAUUGUCAAAUGUCGUAGAAUAGGCAUAGAUAACUAUGGAGAAGAAUGGACAAAUAAACCUUUACGAUAUUAUAUUUAUGGAAAUAAAGCUGUCAGUAAAAGAAAUAAAGAAGCAGAAUUACAUUUGGGAUUGAAUUAAAAAAUUAUUAUUAUCUAUUAUUUUGAACAUAUUUAAAUAUUAAAUUAAUAUUUUUUAAUGUGAUUUAAAAAUUUAUAUUUUUGAAUGUACACACUUAAUAAUAUACUCAAAAUUAAUUUUAAGUUACAAAUAAUUAUAAUGCAUGUAUGAAAUAAAUAAUCUUUAAGUAUGAAUAAAAUACAAUAUAUACUAAAUAAAUACAUUUA